CCCAUAUCGCUCACGCUCUUACCGAAGCGCUGCUCCGCUCGCGCGCUUAGGCAAUCCUUCUUCUUCUUCUUACUACUAUUAUUUCUCUAAAAUAAAAAAUAUUAUAUUCUUUCCGCGCCCCCGGAAAUGAUUUAUUACUCCAUAAUCAGUCCAACUAGUUUCGACUCCUGACAUCUGUGUGUGGGUUUAUUAAUAAUUUUUCCCCCUGCACUGUUGUCUUUUGCUCGGGACGAAGAGAGACCAGGACUCCGCUUGGACAUUCUCCUUCCCCAGACUUCUCAACGGGACACUCGGACCGCCUCUGUGGGAGAACGUCGAGGAGAAUCCAGUGGAGUCUGUCUUUCAUUCGCCCGGCAUGAGGCAGCAUGUGUUUACUCUCAGUUUAGCACAGAUUCUGUAGUUCAGUGACACAUGAAAAAGGUUAUGAGCUCCUGUCGAGCUUGGUGAUUCAGGAGUCUGAGACGAGCCAAUGAGAGGAUGGCCAGAGGUCAUAUGAUCUACAAAGCCACCAUCCAGCUGGUUCUGCCGAUGCUGCUGAGUGUGCUGCCGCUCACACACACUCAUAAUCCACCUCGGUUCACCCGGACACCCACUGACCAAAUAGGCGUCCAGGGUGGCGUGGCCUCAUUCGUCUGCCAGGCUACAGGAGACCCGCUGCCUCGGAUAUCCUGGAGCAGGAAGGGCAAAAAAGUCACCAACCAGAGAUUUGAGGUGAUUGAGUUUGAGGACGGCUCCGGUUCAGUGUUACGUGUGCAGCCACUGCGGACCCCACGUGAUGAAGCUAUAUACGAGUGUGUCGCGUCUAACGAGGCCGGAGAGAUCAGCGCCUCCACCCGCCUCAUGGUGCUGCGCGAGGACCAGCUUCCUUCCGGCUUUCCAUCCAUAGACAUGGGUCCUCAGCUCAAGGUGGUGGAACGUUCUCGCACAGCCACCAUGCUGUGUGCAGCCAGCGGCACUCCUGACCCAGAGAUCACCUGGUUUAAGGACUUCGUUCCCAUCGACACACACACUCACGGACGCAUCAAACAGCUGCGCUCAGAGUCCUUUGGUGCACUGCAGAUUGACCGGAGCGAAGAAACCGAUCAAGGGAAAUACGAGUGCGUGGCUACAAAUAGCGAAGGGACUCGUUACUCAACACCGGCUAAUCUCUACGUCAGAGAGCUGCGAGAUGUGCGCCGGAUCCCUCCACGCUUCUCCGUGCCGCCUAUGGAUUAUGAAGUCAUGCCCGGAGGAGGGGUGAACAUCACGUGCGUGGCGGUGGGCGUCCCCAUGCCUUACGUGAAGUGGAUGCUUGGAACGGAGGACCUGACCCCAGAGGAUGACAUGCCCAUCGGAAAGAACGUGCUCGAGCUCACAGACGUGCGACAGUCAGCCAAUUACACCUGCGUGGCCAUGUCCACUCUGGGUGUUAUAGAAACCGUUGCUCAGAUCACAGUCAAAGCCCUCCCAAAUCCUCCAGGAGCUCCAGUUGUCAUGGAGCGUUCAGCCACCAGCAUAACCUUGAUGUGGGACAGCGGGAACCCGCUUCCUGUUUCCUAUUAUGUCAUCCAGCACCGACCCGCCUCCUCCAACGACCCUUUUAAAGAGAUUGACGCCGUGGCGACAACGCGGUACAGCGUCGGCGGCCUCAGCCCCUACUCGCACUAUCACUUCCGGGUCAUAGCGGUGAACUCGAUCGGCCGCAGUCCUCCCAGUCCUACGGUGGAAGCUCGAACAGCGGAGCAGGCCCCGAGCUCGGCGCCACGCAGGGUCAGAGGACGCAUGCUCAGUGUGUCCACUGCAAUGGUGCAGUGGGAGGAGCCAGAGGAGGCAAACGGACAGGUGGUCGGCUACCGGGUGUACUACACAUCCGAUCCGUCGCUGCAGGUCAACCAGUGGGAGAAGGAGAUUGUUCGUGGAGCAAACUUCCUCACAAUACAGGAUCUGACACCAAACAAGACCUAUUACAUUAGAGUCCUGGCUUUUACUGCAGUAGGAGACGGUCCUCUCUCCAGCGACCUGCACAUCAUUGCCAAAACUGGAGUUCCUUCUCAGCCCACUGAGCUGAAAGCUGAGGUGAAGUCAGAGACAAGCGUACUGCUCUCCUGGCUUCCUCCAGCUCACAGUGGCACCGACGCCAUCAUCGGAUACGAGCUCAUAUACAGGCUCGGAGAUCAGCCCGAGCAGAAGAUCGUGUUCGACCCGAGCUCCAGCUACGUGCUGAAGAACCUGAAGCCCUUCUCUACCUACGCCUUUCAGUUAGCGGCACGUAGUAAACACGGCGUGGGGGCCUUCACCAGCGAGCUCAGCAUACAGACUCCUCAAACGCUAUUUGCGGUGAACUUCCACGUGAAAGCUGCUAUGAAGAGUUCAGUAUGGCUUUCCUGGGAGCCGCGAACCUCACAGAACAAACCUUCGACCUUUAUCAUCUCGUACGGCGAUGGACGCAAACUGGAGGUGGACGGGCGUCUCGGGCUGCAGCGUGUCACAGAGCUGAAGCCGCAGUCGCUCUACACGUUCCUGCUGAGUAAUAAAGCGGACGGCAGCGAGGGCCUGCAGCACCGCGCCGACGCCAUGACCUCUCCGAACCUGCUGCCUAGAAAACCUCAGCUAGUGGAGAAGAGCAGCUCUGACAGUACGGCUACGCUCCAGCUGCCCUCGGUGCACACACACACCCCUGUCAGGGGUUUCUAUAUCGUCGUCAUCCCGCUGAAGAGGCAGAGAGGAGGAAACUUCCAGAAUCCGUGGAGUGAUCCAGAUGAAAUGAAUUUAGAUGAGCUUCUAAGGAUGAUCAACGGUUCCAGUCGAUCGGUACGUUUGCGGAGGCAGGCGGAGCCGAAGCCGUACAUCAGCGCCUACUUCCAGAAUCUUCCGUCCGAGUUUAAGCUGGGAGACGGCCGCGUGUACGGAGUGUUUCUGAACCGACAGCUUCUCAAUGGACAGGAAUACGUCUGCUUCGUGCUGGCCAUUUUAGAGCUUGGACACAAUACCGUGUACUCAACCAGCCCAUUUUCGGACCCUGUGGCAUUCUCGGACAUGGAGCCUCAGCCGAUCGUGGACGAGGAGGAGGGGCUGCUUUGGGUGGUGGGACCCGUACUGGCUGUCAUCUUCAUCAUCAGCAUAGUCAUCCUCAUCCUUCUGUUUAAGAGCAAGCCGGACAGGAAGCGAGCGGAAUUAGAGGGCAGAAAGUGCAGCUUCCCAAGUAGCGGCAAAGCGAUGAGCUCCCAGCAUCCAUCAGAUCCCGUGGAGCUCCGCAGAAUCAACUUCCCAACACCCGGUUUGCGUUCCUCCGGUUAUCGUCGUUUACAAAGUAUGACCGAUCAUCCUCCAGUUCCCAUCUCAGAACUGCCCAGUUACAUAGAGAGAAAAAAAGCCAACGAGAGCCUGAAGUUCACUCAGGAGUACGAGUCUAUUGACCCUGGGCAGCAGUUCUCUUGGGAGCACUCCAACCUGGACAUUAAUAAACCAAAGAACCGUUAUGCAAAUGUCAUCGCCUACGAUCACACCAGAGUGGCGCUGUCUAACAGCGAUGGUCAGCCGGGCGGAGACUACAUCAAUGCCAAUUUUAUCGACGGGUAUCGGCGACAAGGCGCCUACAUCGCCACACAAGGACCCAUGCCUGAUACCAUCAGUGACUUCUGGAGGAUGGUGUGGGAGCAGCACACGGCUAACAUCAUCAUGAUCACCAAGCUGGAGGAGAAAUCAAGGAAUAAGUGUGACCAGUACUGGCCCAGCCGAGGCACAGAGACCUACGGAGUCAUGCAGGUCUCCGUUCUAGAUACCGUAGAGCUCGCAGCUUACUGCGUCAGGACCUUCGCACUCUUUAAGCGUGGCAGCAGCGAGAAGCGGGAGGUCCGUCAGUUCCAGUUCACGGCGUGGCCCGAUCACGGUGUACCUGAACACCCUACUCCGUUUUUGGCCUUCCUGCGCCGAGUCAAAGCCUGUAAUCCUCCGGACGCCGGGCCGAUCGUAGUACACUGCAGUGCGGGUGUGGGGCGCACCGGCUGCUUCGUCGUGAUCGACGCCAUGCUGGAGCGCGUGAAGCAGGAGAAGACAGUGGACGUGUACGGUCACGUGACGCUGAUGCGCUCCCAGAGGAACUACAUGGUGCAGACGGUGGAGCAGUACGUCUUCAUCUACGACGCGCUGCUGGAAGCCGUCACCUGCGGCAACACCGAGGUGCCGGCGCGCAACCUCUACGCUUACAUCCAGAGACUGAAACAGGCCGAGCCGCCCGACAACAUCAGCGCCAUGGAGCACGAGUUUAAAAGAUUAGCCAACGCCAGGGCACACAACUCCCGCUUCGUGAGCGCCAACCUGCCCUGCAACAAGUUUAAAAACAGGCUGGUGAACAUCAUGCCGUACGAGAGCACACGCGUGGGCCUGCAGCCGAUCCGAGGCGUGGAGGGCUCGGACUACGUCAACGCCAGCUUUAUAGACGGUUACAGGCAGCAGAGGGCUUACAUCGCCACGCAGGGUCCUCUGGCUGAGACAGCCGAAGAUUACUGGAGAAUGUUGUGGGAACACAACUCUACUAUUGUAGUGAUGCUCACUAAACUUAGAGAGAUGGGAAGGGAAAAGUGCCACCAGUACUGGCCAUCCGAGAGAUCAGCACGCUAUCAGUACUUUGUGGUGGACCCCAUGGCUGAGUACAACAUGCCGCAGUACAUCCUGCGAGAAUUUAAAGUGACGGAUGCCAGGGACGGCCAGUCCCGCACUAUUCGCCAGUUCCAGUUCACCGACUGGCCGGAACAGGGCGUGCCAAAGUCUGGUGAAGGCUUCAUAGAUUUCAUCGGCCAAGUACACAAGACAAAAGAGCAGUUCGGUCAAGACGGACCAAUCACAGUGCACUGCAGCGCUGGUGUCGGCAGGACAGGUGUCUUUAUCACGUUGAGCAUAGUGCUGGAGAGGAUGCGUUAUGAAGGAGUGGUGGACAUCUUCCAAACGGUCAAAAUGCUGCGAACUCAGAGACCAGCCAUGGUGCAGACAGAGGAACAAUACCAGUUUUGCUACCAUGCAGCACUGGAGUACCUCGGCAGUUUCGAUCACUAUGCAACAUAAAGCGUCUCUGGUUUCUCCUCCCACUUUCUCUGGACCAGCAGGACAUUUCCUCCCGUGUAAUCUUCCGUCUCCCAGCACAGCUGUCUUUACACCGAGUGUGCUGUCUGUCGAGCCGCCUGUUCUUGGCUCCGGAGAACGUAAGCUAGCACUGAAUUGAUUCAAAGGUCAUAUUUAGUUCCGUUCAAUUCAGGGCUAUCUUAAAAUAAUCACCACCACCAACAGAAAUCCAGCGUCUGGGAGACGAGCGGUCCAUCAUUUGGAUUGUGUUUUUGAUUCGACUGUACCACUGAUUUAGACACUGGGGCUAAUACUGAAAAUAUUUUGAGCUCCUGCAACGUCCAAUUGCACACACACACACACACACACACACACACAGAGUGGACCACUGGCAGCCGUGACUUUUCUCAAAAGGCUGUGCAAUACUGAAUAGGACCGCACUUCGGAUUUAAAGCACACACAGUAAUUUUAUGGCCUGUUGAAUUGUUUAAGUAUAAAUAAUAAUAAUAAUAAUAAAUAGUACUAUCUACAAACAGUAUUCAUAUAUGUAUGUGAUGGUCUGGGAAAAAUAAAAAUUAAAAAAUCCGUCAGAUGCUAUAGCCGAAUUCUGGACAACAUUCCGUCUCUGUCUUCUGAAUUCGACGUGGUAUCUUCCGGAGAAACAGCAGUGAAUGCGGUCAGCCAGAUAAACCUAAAACCUUGCGAUUCCCUCACAAAACACGUGAACGCACGUUAAUCACACUACACGGCAACGACAGUGUUUUAUUCCUCUUACCUCACAGUGUUCUUUUCUUUUAAAUGACAUUUUUGACAUAGUUCAUGUUCCCUCACUAAUGAUUUAGUUACGAUGCCAAAAAAAAAAACCCCCUCCACAUCUUGUCAUGUCCCCCCCCCCCCGUGUGAAGAAACCGCUUUACCUCUGACUGUUACAAAGCACUAACCCCAGAGACUCCUUCUAAAUCAGCUCGAUGUCUCCUCACCGCCUGAACCGAUUCACACCACUGUGUGAGAGCAAUGAUCGAUGCAUGUUAAAUAAACCUGGCUGAGCUGCUGCUAUUGGAAAUGAAUCAACACCCUCCGAGCGAUCGCGUUCAAGAAUUCAACAAGCCUGUGCUGUCAAAUUCUAUAAUACAGUGGAACCUCGGCGUAUGAAUCUAAUCCGUUCCUGAGGCGAGUUCUUUGUAUUGCGGAAGGAAUAAGAAAUAAUGUAAAUGCAGAUAAUCCGUUCCAUCCAUCCAAAAAUACGACCAAUAUUCCCAAUACGAACCGUAUGGCUGCUUACAAAGAACUGACCCAAGCCAAGCAUUCCAUGUCAAGGCUCCUCACAGGAAGUCAUGCCACCAAGCUUGGGCUAAAAAUAGAACAGACCGCCCACUCCACCAAUCUGUCAACAAAAAAAACGCCCGGAAAAAUCACCCAGCUUUUGAAUACGUGAUGAAGGCAACGUUGGUUGGUAUCGUGGGUUGACUCGUUCCAAAUAGCUUUCACUGACAAAGAAAAUCCUUCAGUUAGCUUUGCUUGGCUUUCCACUGGCGCUAACAAGAUUUGAACGGCUCCUGGACGUACGGCGUUUGGCUCGUAUGUCGAAAAUGCUUCAUAUACGCCGAUGCAAAUAUCUUGCAAAAUUUCAGGUGAAAAUUCAUAAACCAGUGCAUUCAUAUGGUGAGGUUCCACUGUACUAAUACAUGUUACUUCACGUCUGAGCUAACGCUAGUAAAUAAAAGGGAUUUCCCAGGCCGCCACAAAGAUAUUAGCACAGUUACAGUGUGGGUGGUGUUUAACUAUGAAUCGUGAGUGAGCACAACUAAAUAAUAAUAAUAACCUGAGAGCACAUGAGAGUUACAAAAAGUUGAGCAGUGACCUAAAGUUCACCUUAAGAAAAAAUAAAUAAAUAAACAAAAAAUAAAUCUCCACGGUGACGUUACAGUAACACAGAUGAUCGUUUCGACAGUAGUAGUGCCUUAUCAUAGUUUUCGAUCGUUUGCUUUCGUUCCACUUCUGUGUACGUACCUGUGCUUUAGGUUGUAGACGGUUUUGAUAAACUAGGAUUACACACGUGCCACACCAAAAUUUUAAUAUCACUUAAGCUUAUAUACACUAUAUUGCCAAAAGUAUUGGAACACCGCUCCAAAUCACUGAAUUCAGGGGUUGGGCUCGGCCUCUUAGUUCCAGUGAAAGGAACUCUUAACGCUUCAGCUUCAUACCAAGACAUUUUGGACAAUUUCAUGCUCCCAACUUUGAAUUAGAGUGGAGACUGUGAGCCAGACCUUCUCGUCCAACAUCAUUGUCUGACCUCACACUAGAGAAAUGGUCAGAAAUUCCAAUAAACACACUCCUAAACCUUGUGGAAAGCCUUCCCAGAAGAGUUGGUGUACAGUCAUGUUGGAACAGGAAGGGGUCAUCCCCAAACUGUUCCCACAAAGCAUGAAAUUGUCCAACAUUCUCGGUAUGAAGCUGAAGCAUUAAGAGUUUCUUUCACUGGAACUAAGGGGCCGAGCCCAACCCCUGAAACACAACACCUGAAUUCAGUGAUUUGGACGGAGGGGUGUCCGAAACCUGUUUACCAGUACAGUGUAUAUAUGUGUCUCUCUCUCACGAAACACGUUCAUGAUUUUUAUGAAGCCAUAUUGAUAAAACAUCGAUGCUGCCAAGGCCUUUAGGAAUUGUUACUACAUAAAAAGUGUAUGCAUGCAAAUUUUUUUUUUUGGGAUGGAUAUACUAUAUUUGACCUAAAAAAAAAUCACGAAUUUUGAAAACAUUCAUCUUUUAUAUUAUUAGUCAUCAAAAGGAAAUUAUAUGACACUAAAUCUCUCUCUCUCUCUUUUUUUUUUUUUAUUAUUAUUGUAAAUGAUCUUAUCUUGCUUCUUGGAGAGCAUGCAGUGUUUUAGCUAGCGAGGUGUCCGUAUUGACAACUUCACCAGUCGAGGAGUUUCAUGCAGGGUUCCUGGAUAUAUGUAAGUUAUUUUAUAAAUCAUAUGAUUAUUGUAUUCUACUAUACUAGAAUUCGCACUGUACACGUCAAGAAAAGUAGAAGAAACACACACCAGGUGAACACUCGAGCCACAAAAACAUUUUACAACUAGCGUACUGCUUUAUGGGGGGGGGGGGGGGGACAUGAAAGCACUGCGUCAUCCAAGGACCGUAAUCAGGUGUGUGUGUGUGUGUGUCGGUCGAUGAGGGAACAAUACACACUCUCGCUCUAUGCACUGACCGUUCAUCGCUCUUCGAAUACGGAGCGUGGUUUUUUUUUUGUUUUUUUUUUAAAUCCCGCCCCAUUAUCACCAUGGUGACCACAGUGUGCAUGUUACGCUAUACAACGAAUAUCUUUUGGUGUUCCAGCUUAAGGAGAAUAUACACUUUUGUAGUGUUUUAGUGUUCGAUGUUUUCCAGAAGACCAGACGGUGUGUGAUUGUAGUUCUCUCCGCGUUAAAGACUACGCCCCGAAGGAGCGGACAGGAACCGAGUUUUCUCGAAGGACGCCAGAAACUUUUCACCCGAAGCUCUGAACAGUUUCGGCUCCGCUAGAACAUUUACGACUUAAACGGAUGUUAGGUGUGAUUCUCUGCAUUAAAAAAAAAAAAAUAUAUAUAUAUAUAUAUAUAAUAAUUAAAUUGCAAAAACUCUAAACAUCAGCCUAACUCUACAUUUCCAUAUUUCGCCCCUCUGCAAAGUCAGCCCCACCCCCCCUGAAUAAAUCCGCACUGUUCGUUUCAUCAUGUUGAUAUGACCAAAUACCCAUUCCACCGCUCUUUUCUCUUCACUCCGUAAGACCGUUGAUGUGAGAGUUUCUGCGAUUUGACCCAUCCAGUCGACGUGAGCACAAGUGAGGCCUGUCUUCUGUUAUUUACCUCUUAUUUUGUAGUAAAUGUAAAUAUUUUAGAGAAAUGAUAAUCUUAUGCUUUUUUAUUUUCCUACUUUUGUUGUGAGGGGGAAAAAAAAAAAAAAAAAAAAGUCGUGUCAAUUACAGGGGUGUUUGUGGAACUUUUUUUUUGUUUGUUUGUUUGUUUCGUUUUGUUACAAAUAAAACUGGCAACAAAUGUAA